CAGGAAGAGAUCAUUUCUCACUUCACUCUUCAGUCAGUCAGUGUCAAGACAACAUGGAGGUCAGAGCUUUCUGCAUCAUGCUGUUGACUGUGAUGAUCCUGCUGUGUGCACAGCACCAGGAAGUUGAUGCAGCUUUUCUUCGUAUCUCUCCAAACAGACUGCAGUUCUUCGUAUAUGAGUCGGUCACUUUUAACUGUGAUGGAGUCUUUUACUGUGAUGUUGAACAUAAAUCAAUUGGGGCGAAGCCCUCAUGUUGUACCACUAAUAAUACAACAUUUAGUGGACCUACCUGCACCAUUAAACGUGCUUAUCAAGAUGACUCUGGAAAGUACUGGUGUGAAGAAGGAAUAGAGAGAAGUAACAUCAUCAACAUCAAUGUCACUUAUGGUUCUGUGAUCCUGGAGAGUCCUGCUCUUCCUGUGAUGGAGGGAGAAGAUGUAACUCUGAGCUGCAGAACAAAAAAAAAAUCUUCCAACAUUGAAGCUGAUUUCUUUAAAGAUGGAGUCCACAAGUUGAGAAGCCCCACAGGAAGUCUGACCAUCAGAAAUGUCUCCAUGUCUGAUCAAGGAUUCUACAAAUGUAACAUUUCUGGAGAUGGAGAAUCACCUCAGAGUUGGAUGGUUGUUGAAGUGUUUUCUGCCGUCGAUACAGAACAACAAGAAGACUCUAAUCCUGCCUCCUCUUUGUCCCCAAGUACAUUAUGGAUCAUCAUCGGUUUCUUUUCGUCAGGCAGUUUAACCAACUUGUUCCAUCAGCUUCGUCUGUUCACACAGUUUCUCCCCAGAUGAACUCUGCUGCUGCUUCUAAACAUGCUGCGGUUCUACGUACGUAUCUGAAGGGGUUAUACUGCUUUUUUAGGUUGUGGUCAGCAAC